AUAAAACGACUUCUGUACAAUUGAGCUGAAUUUCGCUAGAAACGAUAAGAAGGACUCAGGACACUUCAGAAAACUUCCACAGACGUUACAACCAGAGAAAUAUAAUUGGAAAAUGUCGUACAAUGUAAUCGGUACUGAGCAACAAAAUAUAAUUUUUCAAAAGAAAUCUACCAUCGCGUAUUGCGUUAGUAUCUUCAUUUUCCUUCUCGAAAAGAAAAAUGGUAUAUGGUUAAAAUAAUAACGAUAGCAAUGUUCAUAGACCUACAGGGACAAGUUACAAAAUACAUGCCCGGCUGAUGUAAAGAUAUUAAAAUAUUAUAUACACAACGUUAAAGAAGAUGGCAAUCUGAAACUUACAAACGGAGAAGUAAGAAUCGAUGACAUUGACAACGAAGAACAGGAAUACUCGAUAGGUGUAAAAACAAGAAGAAAUGUAUCUUCUUUUCCACGACAAUAUAAAAAUAUUUAUAAUUAAAACCAAGGUUUGUCGUUUAGAUGCAUGUCGCAGAGAUUCAGCGAUAGAAACGCCAAAACUAAAAACUUGGGACGAGUACAGAAAAUUGGUACAACUAGCGCGAUCAUGUCCAAGAACGAUAACAGAUCGGACACCGGAAUUAACGCACAUAACCUCUCUCCAAAAAAUUCGUAUCGAUAGGGGAGGAUACAGAUCGAAACCGCGUUUAAGCGCCCAGGCGAAAAGAAGUAUAAUAAAGGUGGAUGUACAAAAAACAAUACUGAUCGCGGACUCUAACUGCGUACAAUUUCGUAACUUCAAAUUGAAUAAGUUGUACAAGAAAACGGUCACGUUGCAAAACAUCACCACGUCACCGGCGAGAUUUCAAAUGGAAGCUAGACCGUAUCGCUCCAAGUUCCAAGUUCUAAUAAAGCCCGUGAAGGAAAAUAGGAAUAUCGUUCCUCCUGGUAUGCAGCUGCAAUUAAUCGUUCUAUUCCGUUGUGACGUCAUAGACGAACCAGAGGAAAUGCUGAUACUGAAUGUGCAACAUGGCAAAUCGCUGAUCAUCAGAUUGCACGGAUACAAGGACCCCCCUAUCCUGUUGGGUAUAAGAAUACGAACAAUAAUGUUGGUUGCGUUAUAUUUAGUUGUUAUGAUAUAUAAAAUAUAUCCGAACGAUGGCAUCUACGAACUUAUAAAGAAAUGUAAUUUAAUGUUUACAAGAUUAAACUGGCUAAUUUAUCUAACAGGAAUCGAUGAUGUUCAAGAAGCAUAUCAGAGUUCUUCGAAAGACGCGAAAAAGUCUUUGAGUUACGCAUCUCGGCCAGAGUCGCUAUUGUUGGCGUCGCACGACACCACGAAUAACACAACGGAAAGUAUUUCCGAAGACGACGACGAUUGGGACGAUAGCAGUCGCACGAUAUUUAGGAACAUGAUUCUAGACUGUAAGAAAGCCUUCGUUGGAGAAGAAACUCAUGUAGCCAUGAAAUUCAAGAACGUUGGCGGAGAGGGAAGGUUUUUCAUAAUGAGUGAAGUCGACUGGGCUUCGAUGCACAUCGAUGAUAUCACAGAUAAGAAUAUGCUGACGCUACCUACCUUCGCCUUGUGGCCAGCUUACUUUAGAAUGAAGUCGCAGGAAGUAAUAACCUUCCACGUGUACUUCUUGCCUCGUUGUUACGGAAUCCAUGUAAAUGAAACAGUGUUUCACACCUCUCGCACAAGACGUUUACGACUUCUUUUAUUAUCGUAUCUGUUCUUAUCAGGUUGA